AUGAAGGAAGACAAUCAGUCACAUGUGACUGAAUUCAUUCUUUUGAGUUUCUCCAAUCUUAAUGAAUUUCAGGUCUACCUGUUUAUGAUUUCACUUGUGAUAUACCUAAUAGCCUUGAUGGGAAACUCCCUCUUAGUGCUGGUCUCCUCGGUUGAUCCUGCCCUUCAAACUCCCAUGUACUAUUUGCUCAGGAGUCUGUCCCUAAUGGAUAUAGGCUGCACUACUGCCACCAUCCCCAAAAUGCUAAACAAUUUCCUGUCCAAGAAUCAAAAUAUUUCCUUUGGUGGCUGUGCAGCCCAGAUGUAUUUCUCCUGCUUUUUUGGAGCCUCGGAAUGUUGGAUUCUGACAACGAUGGCUUACGAUAGACAUGCAGCCAUCUGUGACCCACUCCGUUAUUCUCUCAUUAUGAACCGGGAGCUCUGUCUACAGCUGACCCUGGCUUCCUGGCUAUCAGGGAUUCCCGUGGCAACAGUACUGACUACAAUGAUGUUUACAUUGCCCUUCUGUGGGCCUAAUGUAAUUAACCACUUUUUCUGUGAUAGCCCUGCUCUCUUAGAGCUGGUGUGCACAGACACCUUCGCGUUUGAGGUGUAUGGUUUAAUUGGAACUGUUAUCGUUCUGAUGCUCCCCUUUGGAUUGAUCAUUGUAUCUUACGUCCACAUCCUCGUCACCAUCCUGAAGAUGUACUCUGCCAAGGGCCGUUGCAAAGCCUUCUCCACCUGCUCAACCCACCUCAUUGUGGUCUCACUGUUCUUUGGGGCUGCAAGUUUGACCUAUUUCCGUGUCAAAUCCUCCUACACUCCUGAGAGUAAGAAGCUGCUUUCUCUCUCCUAUACACUCUUCACUCCCAUGCUAAAUCCCCUGAUCUACAGUCUGAAAAAUCAAGAGGUGAAAGGUGCCCUGAAGAUCAUCCUGUUUAUGGUUUUCCUUGUGAUAAACCUAAUAGCCUUGAUAGGAAACACUCUCUUAGUGUUGGUCUCUACUGUGGACCCCACCCUUCAAACCCCCAUCUACCUUUUCCUCAGAAACCUCUCCCUUAUAAAUAUCGGCUGCACCACUGUCAUCAUCUACAAAAUGCUCACUAAUUUCCUGUCCGAGAAUCAAAGUAUUUCCUUCUGUGGCUGCGCAGCCCAAAUGCAUUUCUUCUUUUUCAAACCCUCAGAGUACUGGAUCCUGACAUCGAUGGCUUAUGACACACAGGCCACCAUCUGUGACCUGCUCUGCCAUUUGCUCAUUAUGAACUAA